CUAAUUUCUGUCUUCUGAAGUCUGGCAAUUUAAAAUAAAAAAAGUUAAAAAGGAGGGCAGCAGAAAACCGGUCCAUUAAAUUAUUUUCAUUCCCAUUUUCAACUUCCCAUUCACGUUAAACUUAAAUCCUUAUCUUAAGCAAAAUGAGUGGCUUAGUCAGAACGGCACACCGAAUUCUACAUAACUGCGUGAAAAAUAGCAGCGUAGCUGGUGCAGUAAUAAGCAGAACCCAAGCCCCUGUGAAACGUGACUUCACUAGAGGAAUAUGGCACAUGAGUUGUUCUAAGCGACUAGACAGUACAUCAGCAUCCUCCAACCUACUUCAACACUCGAACACAUGUGGCUGUGGAUGCGGUCUAAAGGCUCUUCAUACAAAAGGUGAGCGUGAGCUUGUGGAGUUUCUUACUGAAGAGAUAGUGGCUGAGCGUAAAGCACAAAAGCUCAAGACUCUGCCUUCUGAAGUAGAAGGGUUCAGUGUGAAGGGAGAUGGAGCAGAAGUUGUGCUUACCAAGGAGCUAAAAGAUGAAAUUAUUAAAAUCACAUUCAAUGUGAAUCAUACAGUUGACUCUGAGGAUUUUGGUGAUGAUGUACAGCAAGAGAAGCAGGAGUUUGCUGAAAUGAGAUCCAAGCCCCAAUUUGAAGUUGACCUUGUUAGAGGAGAAACUACGCUAGGGUUUACUUGCUCCUUCUUACAAGAGCCACCAACCACAAAUGCUGAAGAAUACAAUGACAUUUUUGGCAUUGAUGAGGUAACUCUAUACAAAGGAGAGUGGUCAGACAAAGUGUAUGCUGUUGCCGGCGAUGUGCUGGAUGGGUAUCUUUAUGAUCUAUUAAUGAAUCUACUAGAGGAGAAAGGAAUCAGCAAUGAAUUUGUUCAAAAAAUAUCAGAUUUUAGUACUGCAUAUGAGCACACUGCAUACAUCAACCUUUUGGAGGGAAUUUCCAAGUUUACCAUUGGGAAAUAAUCUAGUUUAGUCAUCAUCUAAGACAUCAUAAUAUAUGUGGAACUUUAAUAAUUACUUUGAAAUGUUUUUUUAUGAAUACUAGUAAUAUAUUAUUUUAUUUCAACUGGCUCCUAAAUGAACGUAAAUAAAAACAAUUUAGAGUUUAUGCCUUUUUGUGUUUUCAUAUAAAGUGACAAAAAAUAUGUCAUUUCAUUAGUGUUUAAGUUCCACAAAAAUUUGUUGAAAUCAAUAUUAGCAUUUAUAUUGCUGAACACAGCUUUAAAGGAUAUUUAGUUUAGUUCUAUGACACGUUGUUCAAUUAGUUAUUAUGUUAGUUCGCAAUAAAAAAAUUCAAUAUG